AUGUCCUCAUCUGUCGACCUCAAUGACGACCAAGGCCCCACUCUGAAGGCACUGAUGAUUGCUAUGUUGACCGUUCCAACUGUGGCAGUUAGUCUACGUUUCUGGUCAAGGGCGAUAUUACCCGGGUUUUCGUCAACACCAAUUCGAUUCUGGUGGGAUGACUGGACUGCACUCCUGGCCGCGAUGCUUAAUAUUACCAUGUGCGGAAUUGGCCUCGAAAUGGCAAAACUAGGGCUUGGGAAGCAUGCACAAGCGGUGCCAGUAGAGAACUUCUCUCAGAUCAUGAAGCUUCUCUGGACGGAAUAUUUUAUUUUUGAUACUGGAACUUCAGUUGCUCGAGCGUCCGCGCUUCUCUUCUACUCGCGAGUAUUUACCCAGGUCCAGUCCCACUUCAAGUACGCUCUAUGGAUACUCCAUGUAAUGAACCUUGCUUGGAUGGUCGGUUUGCAUAUUGUCGUCGGUAUACAAUGUGAUCCCAUUGAGAAGGUCUGGAAGCCCCUUAUCCCGGGAAGAUGCAUUGGGAUGCGAACACUUUUCCUGGGAAGUGGAAUCUCAAGUCUGAUUAUCAAUAUCUUCAUUCUUGUCCUGCCGCUGCCAUUACUCUGGCGGCUGCAGAUGCAGAUGGUCCGCAAACUACUUAUUAUCGGAGUCUUUCUGGUAGUUGUGGUCUCAAUAGGACGUCUAGUUACGAUAAUUGAAGUCAGUGAUAACCUUGAUAAAGACUUUACAUGGGAAAUCAUGAAGCCGACUUUUUGGCUAUCAUCGGAAAUCGCCAUCUCGGUGGUCAGCGUGUGUCUGCCCAGUAUUUUCGUCUUUAGUCGACGUCUCUACCAUGAUGGUAUGAACUCCUUAGUCGGAUCCAUCCGACACCAACGCCCGAAAUCCAGAUUCGUCAAGUCGGACAUCGGAAGGACAUAUUUCAGCAGGAUCACACACGGGGAAGAGGAGACCGAGAUGGACGCGAAAUUAUUCAAUCCUCCACAGAAGUGCUCCUUCACAGCAACUAUGGCAUCCGCCGAAUCCCAUGUUACUGCGUCCAAAAAUUCUUCACAACCACCUGAUACGGGGAUUGUGGUGCGGAGCGAUAUUACUAUUACAUAG